AUGGAUUAUAUUAAUGGUCAUCAUCAAAGGGUCCAAAGAUUGGUGAAGGGCAACAAGUCGAAGAAGAAGCGCGACAAUUCACUCAAAGUGGUGUACAUUUCUAGUCCGAUGAAGGUUAGGACUAGUGCGUCUAGGUUUCGGUCACUAGUGCAACAACUCACGGGCAAGGAUUCGUAUGUGGCACAGUACAUGGAGUCCGAUACCACACGAGCUAGUGAUUUUCACGAGAUAAUUGAUUAUGAAAAUGAAGCGGUGCUAGUAACGAAAGAGGUUGGGAAGAGUGACGAGAAUCAAAUGAUGUCGUCCACUUCUUCUUCGCCUGCGACUUCUUCGGAGUACCCUCUAUUGGGAUCGACGGACAAUUUGUUGAUCACUUCUCAAAUCGAAGAGUACUUUGGUGGGAUUUUAUCUUGUAAUUUGGAUGUGUUGGGAAGCUAUCUAUAUUGA